AUGAGUCUGCCAACGGCACUUGCGACCGAACAGAGCAUGGGCCCCAGCGCGGAGAUGCAGCCUGUGCUCCUGGAUGGCAUUGCCGAGACCAACGAUGUGCAUUUCUCCCAGGAGACAUCGGAGGAGCGACGCGCGAAGGAGAUGCCCCCUCAGGAGUUGUGGAAGAACUUGGCGGCCACACUGCCGGAAGGUCCACCUGGCACUGACUCCUUCUGUGCAAAGGGCCUGCGGUGA